AUGGAUAAUUAUUCGAAAUUAGGUGCAAACGCAUUUGCGAAGAUGGAUAAAGUGAACUCAGAGCUGUUUUGUCUGACUUACGGCUCAAUGAUAAGUCAGCUUGUACGUGAUAAAGAACACAGCGAUGCAGUUAACGAUCAUUUGAUUUUGAUGGGUAAAAAUAUCGGUAGCAAACUUGUAGACGAACUACUAGCAAAGCUGGGUUGUGUUCCAUGUACAGAUUUUAGAAGCACAGUUGAAGUUAUCGCAAAGGUUGGAUUUAAGAUGUUUUUGGGGAUAUCUGGAAGUGUUGUGGAGGUUGACCAGGAGAAUAAGGUGUACAACAUAGUUUUCCAGGAGAAUCCGCUCGACCAAUUCGUCGAGUUGCCUGAAACUUUAAAGGAUUUGAACUAUUCUAACAUUUUUUGCGGCGUUAUAAUCGGUGCUUUAGAUCAGCUGCAAAUGAAGGUCCAAUGUUACUUUGUUAAGGAUAUGCUGAAAGGAGAUGAUGUUUAUGAGAUUACAAUAAAGCUCGAAGAGGUAUUUUAA